AUGUCUAUGUUCAAUGCCCUCAAUUCAAACAUCGAAGGUGAACAAUAUGAAGCAGAGGAGCAUUCAAGAGAGCUUCAAAUAGAACAGAGUUUUAAUAUUUUGCAGGACGCUCUGAUUGAUCUAAAAAACAAGGACUUCGAAAAGUCGGACAGCAAAUUCCAAGAGCUCUUCCAGAUUGAUGUCGUCAAGCCUGAUAGGUGGGGCAUGUAUCGCAAUUCUUCUCCUACGCUAGAUAACCUGCGAUAUCUAUGUUAUAGGAACAGAGGGAUGUACUAUCAUCUGUAUUUGGAGAAUAACUAUGAAAGGUUGAACUCACAAGAACUAGUUAAUUGUAUUUUAAAAGCAGUUGAGAACUUGGUUGAGUCUAUUCAACAUAGCGAUGCUGAUUUUGCAGUUACAGAUUUGCUGGCUCGCAUCUUCAAGAGCUUUAAUAGUGUCAAGUUGGAACGUUUAAUAUCAGAAUAUGAAUUCACUAAGCAGGAAAAUCUUUCACUUUUGUUGGGGCGACAUCGUAAAUUUCUUUUGAACGAUUUGACUCUGAUGAUGAAUAACUACGUAGAACUCACGAACAAACUAUUAGUCCCCAACUUAUCGGAUAACACAAUCUUUGAGAGAUAUCAUUUGGAGAAGUACAAAGAUAUUAAGCCGGAACCACUAGCUUUUGGUCCAAUUCUUUCUAGAAUAUCAGAAAUGAAAAAGCAAGAUGAGGAAAUAAUGAAAAAGCUGGACGUGUUUAAUGUCACUUUGAAUGAAGAAUCAUGGGAUGAAGUUGCGAAGGCUUUGAAAAACUUACUACCCAGCGUUAAAACAUCGUCUCUUAUUGGAAGGAAUAUGGAUCCGUAUAACGAAAUUGAAGAACCUAUUGAAGCGGUUAAGUUUGAACUAUCGGAAGCAAUUAAUAAUACACCAUCUUUAGAUAGAGAGUCUGAGCGACAAGAAGAAGAGCAAGAUAAUGAGAGUGUACGAGCAGAUGAUAAGAGUGGGAAUUUAGCUCCAUCGGAUAUCCAAACUAAUGAAGAAGCAAGGCCUAACAAGAGAACUGAUGAACAUAUCGAUAGCACGAAGCCUCUUCAAAGAAGUAGUAAACGCUUUAAAGAAAGAGAACAAGAAAACUCAAAAGAGCUUGUUAUGGACGUUCAUAAAAGAUUUUUUGGUGAGUUCAACACGUUGUUGUCAUAUAUUCACAUUCUACCCUUUUGCGAUUUUGACACAUUUGCUUCCAAAUUUAUCAUUGGCUCUAGUGACAAACAACCCGAAAAAUUUAUUCCCUAUACUGAUCUCUAUGAAUGUUUGAAAUCUUGGAGUAGUAGAUAUACUGAUAUUUUUAACCAAAAUGACUACUUGUCCAGUGGUUCUAACGAAAAUGAGGAAUUAUUCCAACUAAAUGCGCUCCUGAAAUCUAAUGCAUUUGAUGAUAAGGAGAGCUUUCCUAGAUAUUUAAAUGAUUUGGACUCGGAUCACAUCAGAUCUUUUAUUUCCGAAGUGAAUGCAGGCAAUCUUCACUUCCAUCAAGUGCGUUUGAAAUUAUUAUUCAAAUUGCUUGGAACUUACGAUGAAGGAAACGGAAGGCGUCUCAUUAUAGACUACCUUUGGGAGUCUCAGCUUCUAAAAAUUGUUUUAUGGUUUGUAUUUGGAAUCGAAUCGAACAUUUUUGCACUUAUUAACAAAAACAAAAGGCAAUGCAAAUAUUUGGCUUUAUCGAUUUACGAACUUCUUGUUAACCAUUUAGGGAAUAUUGUGGAGGAAAUCACAAAUAAACGGAUUCAAGGACAUAAGUCAGCAGACCUAAAAAGUCAAAGAAAUAAAGUCGAGAAAAGAAUAAGGUCGUGGCAUACUCUGUUAGAACAAAUUGCUGACGAAAAAGAUAAAGAACUGUAUGUACAUUUUCAAUGGACGCAUUACUGCUUCUUGCAAUAUACAUGUGAUAUAGUCGAUAGCAGACUCUCUGAAACUUUGACGUCUUUAGAAAAUACUAUAAAGGAUUCAGAUUCUUCUUUAGACAUUGCCUAUCCGAAUUACCGUCAUAUACCGGCACUAAACCUAAACACAGUUCAAUCCCAGAAAAGGAAAAUAAGAAUAAUACAAAACAUAACAGUCGAAGAUAUAUCUGAAGACACGAACUCUGACACUCAUUCAGAAAAUCAUCUAGAGACACUAGAAAAAGUCCUUUUACAUAUAUUACACCCUUCGACUAAUCAUUCAAAUAUUGAUGAGGAGAUGGUUUCCUUUAUUUUCAACUCACCAUUUUUAUUGAAAAUUAGACUUUGGGGCGUUCUCUUUUCGUCAUAUGUCAAAAAAUCCAGUAUACAGGAUGUUCAAAGAAUUUAUUUCCACGUACUUGAUUUUAUGAAGGGCGCAUUGACGUCACCUGUCUACAAAGAAUCGAACCCACACGGAAGGCACCAAAUGUUAUUAACAGUGUUGACAGCAAUUGGCUAUCUCUCAAGCCAACUGACAGCGAUACUAAAUUCAAAUAGGUGGGAAAGCAGCGAUUUUGUCUUGGAGGACUAUAUGUUUGAAAAGCUGCUGCAAACAUUCUUCUUCUUUUAUACUGUCCUUUUCUAUGAAAGCUCUGCGGUUAACGACGUUUCUAAUAAGUCUUUUUUCAAAAGAGCAUCGAAAUCAUCAGGGAAAAUGAAGGAUAUAAUGAUAGAUUUAGCGACGUUGAUACUUUAUUAUUAUGAUUUACAAGCAAAGCUCAGGACACCUGCUGAACAAGGUAUUGAAACAACGGAACUAAUUUGGUCCUUACACACUCUUUUUGGACAUUUCCAUUUUUGUGAUGCAUCAAAUGGAAAGUUCCUAGAUUUAGCUGAAAAACUAUUGUGCCAGUUCAUUAAUAAUGAUUCUUUUUUACAAUUGAAGCAAAUACUGUGGUGUAGAUAUCACUACGCGAUAGCUAGUGAUAACUUCAGUCCUGAUCUGCAUGAUACAAAAGCGGUAGAGAUGGAAAAGAUACACUCUUUGCCUUUAGGUACAUAUCUAAUCAAAUUACAGUAUCAAAAUAAGAACCCUUACCUGUCGUCGUCAAAGACCACCCUAAAACAGAUAAUGGAUAAUAUUAUAGAAAAAAUUGGCGACCCAUCAACGCUGGACAAUCAUAUCAUAUCUAGAAACUCAUUUCUAUUAAAUGAAUAUUUAUCAAGGCCAAUAACGGCAGACUUGUUGAAGCAUACAUUUUCUGGUGCAACAAGUUUGUAUUUAACUUCUCCAAACGACGAGUUACAGCAAGGCAUGACAGCCGGCUUGUUCUACGUAUCCAGCUUACAGUCCCUGGGUUUGUAUAAAAUGAGAAAGAAGUCUAUGCAAGCAAGACCUUCUGAAUUAGACUCCAUUAUCAGAAUGUUAAAGAAUGACAUUAUAUACAACACAAACCGUUUCGAAAGUUGGAUAUUACUCGGAAAGUGUUACAGUUAUAUUGUUGAAGAUGAUUUAAUAUGGACCUCAGAUAAGAUCACUGUCCCUGAGAAAAAAGAUGUUAUUGCUUUGACUCAAAGAAAGGCAAUAUUGUGUUAUUUAAUGGCCAUUUCCAUUUAUUAUAGUAAGUUGGAUCGAACUAUUGACGAUAAAAAGAUUAUAUUGGAGGCAUUGGAUGACUUAGGAUCUAUGCUGAUUAGCGGCUACUAUAAUCCCAUGAAUAAGCUUUGUUUUAGCUGGAAAAGCAGUGCUGAGAAUACAAUGAGAUUGUCUGAAACCGGUGAAGUAGUAAUGGAAAAAACUAAGAAAAUCACCACAAUCUCAGACUUUAACAUCGAGCAAAGUAUAUUUUUAUGUUUUAAUAGGGCUUGUUCUUUAUCCGGCGAUAUCAAGUCACAGGACGAUGUAUUCGUGUUGAAUUGGUCUAGUUUUUACAAUCUGGCCAAGUUCUUUUUCAAAACAGAUGGUGGUAAUAAUUGUAAAUUAGUUGCCAAAUAUAUUACUCAGGGUUGCCAAAUAGCUUAUGAGUCAUCACCUGCUAAAGAUCCGAUCAUAGAACCCCAUUAUCUGUUAGUUAAUGCUUGUUACAAGUGGGUAAAAAGAGGCGUCAUAGGUGUUAACGAAGCUCUGACCUUACUGUCUAAAGAUAACCAAUUCUUCCAGGAACAAGAGGAAUUUUGGGUCAACGACGAAGGUCUUGCAUGGGAUUAUCAAGAAAAAUUCUUUUUUGACAAAAUCAUAAGACUACUUCGCCAUUUACUAUCUGUUGAUAAAAAAAAAUGGCAGCACAGACCUCGUUACAGAAUAGCGCGCAUAUUGUUUGACGAUUUGGGUGAUGUGAACGGUGCUUUGGAGGAGAUGGAUAGCUUAAUAUCCGCAAAAAGUAUAAACAAAAACUUGGUCAAUAUAUGGAAACCAGAUUUUGAAAGGCCAGGGAAACAUUUCAUCUAUACUUACCAGUACCUGGUUUUGUAUUUGGAUUUACUCUUCGCAAUAAAAGACUUCAAUACAACAGGUCUUGUUAUAAAAAAGCUAAGGCGAUUUGGUUCUGGAACUGUGAACGUAAACGAACUAUUAGAGCGUGCCAUUAAUGUGUACACGCAAAGUGCCAAAAUCAAGCUGCAAUUGCAAGACAAGAGCUACGUGGAGCAAAUCCUUCCAACCUUGAACUACCAAGAAUUCCUGAAGAUUAGUGAGCAACUGAACCAAGUUUUCGACCAAGGAAAGUACCCUGAAGAAAUAUCAUCCGGGUUAAAACUUGCUUUCCAGUUGAAAAAGGGACAUAGCGGAAUUGCAUUUGACAGCGUUUGCUUGGGCAUUUAUUUCGAGUAUCUCUAUUUUCCUCUAGCUCGACAGGAUCAAUCCCUCACAGACGUGAACGAUGAAAACAAUCCAGCACUACCGUCAUCAGGUUCUGUGACAUCAAAAAGCACUCCAGACCCUACUUCUAAGCCAAGUGCAAUUAAGAAACGUGUUACAAAGAAGGAAGUCUUCGAUAGAGUGAGGCUAUUAGUGGAUAAGAUCACGUGA